UCACUGCUUGCUUCAGAUGGAUCAAACACAACUGCGGCUGGUAUGGAUGGCACUGCUGCUAAGUCAGCUAAAAGGAAGAGAAAGAACCAAUUCAGGGGCAUCCGCCGACGCCCAUGGGGUAAGUGGCCUGCUGAAAUCAGAGAUCCUCGCAAAGGUGUUCGUGUCUGGCUUGGUACUUUCAACUCUUCUGAAGAAGCCGCCAGGGCUUAUGAUGCUGAGGCACGCAGAAUCCGUGGCAAGAAGGCCAAGGUCAAGUUUCCAGAUGAGGCUCCUGUGGCUUCUCAGAAGCGCCAUGCUGAGCCUAACUCUGUGAAAGUGCCCAAGAUGGACACUGAAGAGAAGCCGAUUAUCCAGCUGGCAGUCAGCAACAUGACCAACUCAAAUGUGUAUUCCUACCCUGUUGUUGACUGUACCUCACAUGAGCCACUUGUGCAGCCUCAAAACAUGUCAUUUGCCCCUGUGAUGAAUUCUGCUGCUCCCGUUCAGGAACCUUUCAUGAAUCUGUCCUCUGACCAAGGUAGCAACUCCAGUUGCUCGGACUUCAGCCGGGAGAAUGACAUCAGGACCCCUGACAUAACAUCGGUUCUUGCACCUGUUUCCACCUUGACACAGGGUGAUGAGUCUGCAUUCCUCCAGAAUUCGGGUAACACUGUGGUGCCUCCUGUGAUGGGAAAUGCUAGUGUUCACCUUAUAGACUUAGAACCAUAUAUUAAUUUCCUGAUGGAGAAUCGUUCAGAUGAGUCAAUCGACACACUCUUAAGCUGUGAUGGAUCCCAGGAUGUCGUCAGCAACAUGGACCUUUGGAGCUUUGAUGACAUGGCCAUGUCCACUGGUUUCUACUGA